AUGGCGGCAUUCAGCAGACACAACAAUCACGCCGACUGGAGCGAGCAGCAGCUGUACGACAACGCUCCUCGCCGCCUCGCUGGCACUGACCUGAUCCACAGCGCGAAACACUAUACCAACGACGAGCUCCUCAAGCAAGCACAGAAGUUCAGCACAAAGGUGAUGGAGCGCGGUGCCUUCACACAUUUCUUAAGAGGUGCCUGUCUCGACUACGCGCUAGACCACGGCCAAGAGCCCGAUGGUUUCCGCGAGGCUUUCGAUGUCGAGCGCUUGCGCAAUCUCGAGGCCAGAGGCGAUGUACCCAACCAGACUCUCGCUAUCCUGCUCAACCUAAGCGCCAACCCAGAUCUCCUCGAGCUGGAGAGUGUCCGCGCAGCCUAUGCUCAGAAGUAG